CAGCCGUCGGUGGGGGGAGGGGGAGACAGACCGGCGUUUGUUGUGGUCAGUUCUCUACUGAAGGAUGAUUCACGUGGGACCUAACUUGGGGAACAUGUUCAGGUAUUUAGGGACGUGCGGCCAGGAACUAGCAUAAACACGGGGAACAUUGGCCAGGAACUAGCAUAAACACGGGGAACAUUGGCCAAGUAUGAGGAACUAAUUGUUUUUUCUGUGACGCUGUUGGCUCAAGUGGAUUCUUGCACUUUUGUUUGUUUCUUUCAUCAGUGUAAGUGGUGCUUACGUCAGUAGCACACGACAGUAGAUAACGUAUGGCUGAAAUUGUUUUCUAAUGGCCUGAUUAAUUCUGGUACGUAAUUAGUGGCCAUUCACUGCUGACUAGAUCAGGAGUUUGUGAUGAAUGAAUUGAAGGAUAGGUCUAUAUCGUCAGUGCAUUAGGACAGUCAGUCAGUCAGUUUGAUGUGUGUGUUUAGUUACGUUUAAGCUUCGUCGUGUUAACAAAUCUGGAUUAAGUUCGUGAAAAUGUUGAAACGGAAAAAGGAAAAGAAUCGAAGCGCUUAUUCUAAGAUGCUGGGGAACAUAGCCAGUGAUUUGGAUUCUCUUCUCACUGACCUCUGUCACAAAGAAAAAACCAGCAAGGGGGAUAACUCAGGAACACUUCAUUCAUCAGAUACUCUGGGCAAAGAUUCUUUCUUCUCCUCAGCUGGCAACACUAGCAGGCGACAAGAUGAUGUCGUGAGUAGCAAUCACAGCCUAGUCAGCCUGAGUGACAACGAGCGCAACGACUGUGAAUCAGUGGACAGCGGUCAUGAUGGCCGAUGUAGGAUUGGACCCUCACCUUUGGUGUUUAACUCAAACCACUUCAGCACUCAGCCACAUCAGUGUUCCUCCCCAUUGACAGUGAGAGUAGAGUUGACUCCCAGCAUGGACGAGAUGAGGCCAAUCAGCACACUGGAGAGGCUGAUCAAGACCAACUCUAUCUGGCUCCUGGCAACAUUAAGCAGGGCUGGAGCAGUUCAUCUGUUGAAAGACAGAGACACAGGGAACUUUAUUGUCCGUAAAUCCAGCCAAAAUAACUCGCUAGCUCUGAGCGUCCAGUCCAGACUGUCUGGUCAUCCUGUGGUGGACCACUACCUGAUAGAGGGCAGCAGCAAUGGCUUCAAGCUACAGGGCUCAUCUCAUUACUUCCACUCCAUACCAGCCCUCAUCGCUUACUACGUGGAGAACAUUGAUGAGAUUCCUUACCACUUGUGUCUGCCAAGAGCCAUACAACAAGCAAAAUCUACCAGAGAGCUGGCGUCUAUAGAUAUGUUGGGGCAAGAUUUUUGGUUGUCCCCCCUGUCCCGCAAAUCUCCAUCUCCUGAACCACUGGUCGGCCUCCUGCACAAGUCAUCCAGCGAGCCAAUCAACAUCCAGCGCCCUGCUGUCCCACAGGAUAACAGUGCGUCGCAGGUCACACAGAACACCGUCCCCUCCAGAUCCGCCACAGAUUUCUCUCACUUCAUGAAGAAUCAGCUGGAAAUGGAACGCUAUUUCCAGCAGCACAUCCAUGACCCCCAGAGUCCAAAGCUACAGAACGGAGCGUCCACUCCAGUUAAAAAUCUGGAACACAAACAAUCCGAGUCUGUUUUAACUGUGGAUAAACCCAUACCUGGUGAGCUACAGAAGUAUGUGUUGAAUAAUGAGAAAACACAAAGACCAUUACCAGUUUUACUAAACCAAGAUUUAACACAACACAAUUUACAUCGUCACCGCUUAGCCAGUGAUGAAUCCUGGGUGUUAGCCUCUAGUCCAGCAACUUUUAAACAGCCAGUCAAACCUGCCAGCCAAGACGAGGAUAUCUACAGGUCCAACCCUACCAACCAACCCGCAGACCAGCAGCACGUCAUCCACUUAACACAGCUUCACUUCACACAUGCAUCACAGGGGGCAACGUCCUUACCAUCUGAACAUCAGCAUUCAUCCCCUGGGGACAGAUCUUGGACCCCUCCCAGGACAACCCCACCUAAAUCAAAAACAAACCUUUACUUCACAACAAAUCUGGGACUGUUGGAAAUCCCUGAGAACAGCUACUACACCUCCAAUCUCUCAGACAAGCUCAGCGACUACGAAGACAUCUGGAGGACUUCGUGUUGUGAAUCUGACGCUGAUAAAAAUAACACAAAAAUGAUUCACGACCCCCGGGCCGUCCUGGAUUCUAAAAUAAACGGCCACGGUAAAAAAACAAACACCAAAGAAAUGAAGAAAAAAGUACUUAGAAAAACUCCGAAAGAUUCACCUCCGACCCGCAGACUUCUACCAGCUGGUCGUGACUCUGUGACGGGUGGCACAACUGGAUUAACUGCCCUUGAACAAGCCAGGAUGAUCGCAGGCUCUGUCAGCGAAGACGAGGCCCCGUUGACUUCUGGGAACUUUGCUGGUAGGGGAGAUAACGCUCCCAACCAGGAAAACACCGCUCCAUCCAUCCCUCCUGUGCCCGAGGUGUUUGUGAGUGAGAAACAGAUUGACAUCUCCAAGCAUUGCACCCAGCACAAAUACAUCACAUCUCACUCACUAGACCUGGGCCAACUGGCCACAGCAGCAGACAGCAACAGAUCCUACCAAGCUGCCACCUGUGUUGCCCUCAAGGAGUCGUCCACCUUCACCACCACAAUGUCUGUGAUCAUGUCAGACCCAGCCAUGGGCGACAUCUGCUCUGAGAAUAACAACAAAGUUCUGCAGCAGCUCAACUUCAAGAAACCCAUGCUCUCCCCGCUUGGACGUCUCUCCCGGCUAAAAUCUUCCUCUGAAUCUUCCUUGGCCACAGCUUCUAGUCCACUGUAUGCUGAGCCAGCUGAUGCUGUUAAACUCAGAGACAAGCACGGCAAGGCCAUCAAUAUUCAAGUCAGGCGCCUUUCUGCUCCUCUUGCAGCCAAUCAGAUUCUAGACAAGCAAGGUAAAUCCCAGCAUAAAGUUUCCAAAAAUCCACAACUUGAUACUAUCCUGUCUCCUGAUGCCCAACCUUCUAGUGUUACUCAAACCAAAUUCUCAUUUGACACGUCCAACUUGAAAAAUCUGGUCCCUUCUGCACCAGCGCCAGUUAGUAAACUUUCCCGUAGCUACAGCAUGAGGACGCACCAGGAAAUGUCUCAACUUCAGCGUAAACAAAGCUGGAAAGACAGACUAAACAGGUUGAAAUUGGGAACCAAAGUUCUGACUCAGAACUUGACGCAGUCCAACACAGUCAGUGUUAAAACAAGUAUAGCAACCCACGGACAUGUAGUCUUGGAUAGUGUGUUAUUCAAAGAGGAUGCUGGUGUUCCCAUGGCAACGUCCACAUUAAACAGUGGCCACCCUGGCAAGUUUCCUGUGGAGAGUUGCCAGGAAGUGAUCAGGUCUUCCUGUUUCUCUGAGUCUUCAACAGUGCAGGAUUUGAUAACAUGUGCGUACCCAGAACUUCUGAUUAAACCAGUGGCUGUCAACUUCCUCAAGCCAGUGGAGCAGGGAACCAGCGCCCCACCCUCAGAAUAUGACAACAUGCAAGUUUACAGGGCCUCUACACAUAGCAGUCUGGGUACUGUGUAUUCCCCUCCCUGGGAGACAGGCACAGCUAACAAAUUCAUUAGGGAACCUCCAGCCACAGUCCUGCCCCCAGCCAUGGACUUCCAUGAGAGAAUCCACAGGUGGCAGAUGGCCAACAGCAACUACCACGACACCGGCGCCGUCCACAUCAACACCUCCACCACCAGCAGCACGGCCCUAGUCAGUCACCAGUCACAGGACCACCACAUCCACCAGCAACAGCUCCAACUGCUGCAGCACCAGCAGCAGCUGAAGACAGAAGACAAAGCCAAGUCUUCCCUGACUAAGUCUGUUGAGGUACACAGACAGAUGAGUGCUGAGUCCCACCAGUCCCACAAGAGGGUCCAGCAGACAGACAGCAGUAGUCAGACACACCAGCAGACCAGCUUAGCUGGGCACAGUGGACACAACCUCACCAGGCAUGACUCAAACAAGAGAAUACAGGAGAGCCCAGUGUCCCAUCAGCUGUCCAGCUUGACCAUCACCUCAGCCAAUUUCGCAGACAUCUCAUCCUCAGCCCACACAUCCCCCCACAGACUCUCCUCCCACUGUCCAGAUGUGGUCAACUGCCACAGCUCCCCUCUCCAGCAGAGCUACUCUAGCACAGGGUCAGAGGUCAAGCUUUCAGAGACCACUGGUCAUUUUGCAGGAGAGGAUGAUGUUUUAUUUGGUGGGGAGUUGGCCUAUGCCAGUGAGGACUUGAAACAAAGACUUCGGCCUGUCAUUAGUCCUCAAGUUUCUAUUUCACACAGCGAUGGCAAGUCUCCUGGAGCUAAAAUUAAAGAUUAUAUCUUCAAGCUUUCUGGUGAUAGACAAACAAUUUUUGGCAGCACAAUAGAAAAUUUCAUCCAGUGUACACUAGAGAGCCAGGAGACGAACCCACAGUAUGUCAUGAGAAAUGUUCGUCAGUUUAUGACCGGUAUUAAAAACUAUCUAGUCAAACAUGGGGAGGGAAAGCUUGAAGAUCUAAUUGAAAGGGAGAGAAACAAGCUGAACCCCAAUGAAAUUUUGAAUAUUGAUGCCAUAAUAGAACAAGCUCUGCAUGUCUGUGUGCUGCGACCACUCAAGUAUCAUGUCUACAGGCUGUUUGUUGAUAAGUACAGCAAAAAUGGGGCUUUGGAACAGUUAUCAAGGAACAUUAAAUAUGCCAGGACAAAGUCUGCACAGGAUAUUGGUGUCAAGCCUGGUCUCAAACUUCCCCAAAGUACAGAUAUGGAUGUCAUCAAACAUUACCUUGACCUGAUGCAGAAGUCUUACUCUCCACUCCAAAAACUCCAGAACCUGCUGAAAGCCACAUCCACAAUCCAUCACUGUGUUCAGGGGAAACACCAUCAAGUGUCCAGCAGAGCUCCUUCAUCACUGGGAGCUGAUGAUUUCCUGCCCAUCCUGAUCUACGUCAUUGUCCACUGUGGAUUGGUGUCUGCUGAGAUUGAGGCUGACUUCAUGUGGGGACUACUACAGCCAUCCCUGCUGACCGGGGAGGGCGGGUACUACUUAACAACACUCUCCAGUGCUGUGCUGAUCUUAAAAAAUUUUCAGGACACCCACCAGCUUGUGCCUGCUCAGAUGGAGGGUCGACUACCAACAAUAUCUGACAUGCAAGGCUUCCUAAGGAUUGCAAUACCCGAUGAGCUGCAUGGCUCAAUAACAUGGAAAACUUUACCUGUCCGACCUAACAUGAACACCAGGGAUGUUUGUGCAAUGGUGGCUCACAAGUUUAAAGUAACAAAUCCUCAAGACUAUGGUCUUUAUCUGUUAUGUGAUGGUCAAGAGUUCCAUCUAGCUGACACAGACUGUCCUCAAAUAAUCAAGGGGGAUAAUCUUGCUGUGGGCAAGACCUGCUGCUUUGCUUUCAAAAGAAUUGAUGCUAACAUUGCUUGGCCAAAGAACAUGAAGCAUUCCUCAUCAUAUGUAACAGACUCGUUUUGAGGGAGAUAUUCUUAGAAAACAAUCACAUAUUUAAAUUGUUGCAGGACUGGCCAGUUGAAUUUCCUCACUACUUUAGCAUUGCUAGCAAUGGACAAGCUGGCUCCUGCUGCACCUUAACUAGUGUGUAAAUUAUAUCUAAUGGUGCUAACAUUUCAUUUUUGAAUGUGAUAAGUCAUGAGUGUUUGUAGUUAAGAAUUAUAUGUAUAAUUUGAUGUGUGAAUUAGCCCUUUUGUUUGUGAUAUUUUUUUCCUCCACUGAUCACAUGAUGAAUGUGUAUGAUCACUAUUGGUAUUACAUUAAAUAUAUAUUAUAAAAUUGCAAUCAUUUAAAAUGUUUUUCUAGUGGAAAUUGCUUUUGUGCAUAAUAUGUAUAACAUUUUGCUGUACAAUCUUUAAUGAAUGUGUUGCAGUGUCAAAACCUAUCAUAUAGGUGUUGCUUUAUUUUUAUGCUAAAAAAAUAAACAUUAAAAUUGAA